AUGCAGCUGAACAGCUGUGGCAGUGGGGAGGUGGAAAACUGGGCAGGGAAAGUACUACGCAGUGGCCGGGGCACUGUAAUGAGAGGAGAGCACAGUCAAGGGGAUCCAGCAGUCAAACAGCGAUCCUCCAAAGUUAAACUGGUGGCCCAGGUCCAGAAGAGCAGGGAUAAGGGGGACGAGAACCCCACUCCAGGAGCCACCUCUGAAGACAGGAAAAACAGAACCGUCUACAUUGAGGACAUCCCCUGCCCACUCACAGACGAUGAAGAGGACCUUCAAAAUGAUUACUCACAUUCACCUGGAACACUGAUGUCUUUGGACUUGAUUCGCUCAGACUUAACAGCCAAACUGGCUGAAGCAAGUCUCUCAGAGAACAACAAGGAUGCUUUACUCAAUCUGCUCAUCUACCUGGAUGACAUUGUUAUCGCCUCACCUACCUUUGAACAGCACUUGGUGGAUCUUGAGGAGGUGCUGGGCAGACUCCAGGCUGCUGGCUUGUCAUUGAAGCUAAAAAAGUGCCAAUUCUGCAUCGAUGAAUUCACCUUUCUCGGGUACCGCAUCACAUCAUCAGGUGUUAAGCCCGAUCCAGACAAAUAUACAACCUACAGGAUCAAAAAGGGAAAUGCCUUUUACCCUUUUGUCCUAAAUGACAUGAUGGGGUUGAAAAAGACAACCAGCAGAAGAAACAGAAGGAUUCAUGUGAAAGAUGUCAAACAGGCGCUGAAGGGCCACAUAAAAGAUGGUUACGUGUUCAACCCUGAAAACAAACUGUCAAAAGGCGAUAGAUACUACAACAGAACUCCAACUGAGAAUGACAAAGUGCACGUUUUGGUUUGUGUUGUUGAUACCAACACUGCAUCUCUGAUGAGUGAUGCCACUGUGGAAGCAAUACAGGACGUCAGAGAUGAAGCCACUGAGCUGGAGAUUCCACAAGUGGCAAUUUUCACCAAAAUUGACGAGGCUUUUCCUGAGAUAAAACAUGAUGUGACAAAUGUCUACAAGAGCGAAUGUCUGCAGAAAAGGAUUGAGGAGUUCAGCAAACGUGUGGGCAUCCCUAUUAACUUUAUUUUUCCAGUGAAGAACUACCACUCAGAAACAGAACUGAAUCCUGACAUGGAUGCUAUAAUAAUGAACGCCAUGAGACACAUCAUUGACAUUGGAAAUGACUCCCUCAACAGAAAGUUAAGAUCCCAGACCUAG